AGAAUUUAUAAGAAGAGCCUUAAAUUGUUCAUUGUCAGCUCAAAGCUACAGAAAUAAGAAGGAAAGAAUUAAUUUAGGGCUCUUCUUAUAAAUUCUAUAACUUUGCAAAGAAAGGUCGUGUAGAGCUGGGGUAUGUAUCAUUUUAAUCAGGAAUUUGCGCGCUACAAUCCUGCAUUAUUAAGAAAGGCUUGGGUUAUUUUUUGAGAUUUCUGAAAAACUGGUUUUCCUGGUUGGAUCUUCGAAGAGCUAUGGGCCAGUCCCAUGAUCAUAUUCGGAACCAGCAUGGUCGAUAACCUAUAACCCACUAGAUAUCGAUCAAAAAGCUUUUAAUCACCUCGAAAGGUUCCCUCGUGAGUAUAUGUUAAAAGUUAGAAAUUCAAAUAUUUCAUAUAAGAUGUGUAAAAUAUUUUCUCUCUAAGUAAAUUGGUUAGUGAUCCGAUUAAGAUCUAUUUAAUUGGUCUAUGAUUUAAAUAAUUGUCUACCGAUUAAUUUUUUCUGAAUAAUGCUUACAUUGUGAGAUAAAUACGCUGGAAUGUCAGUUGUUAGUGAACAUCCUUCAGGUUUAUAUUAAAAUUUUUAUUUAAUACAGUUAGACAUCUUCCGGGCUUUUUAGCGGAAUCUUGCUUUUUAAACUUUCAGUUUUUCUUUUUUAACCAUAUGUUCAAGAAAACAUGCUCGGUUUCAUACAUUUGGGCUCUCGAAUUCAAGUAUACCGUUUUUUCAACCAUGAGAUUAAGCCAAUACGCUUAAAUUCAUUGAUUGGUCUAACGUUUUAUAAAAAAGAAACUUCCUUUCAUCACCCUCACUUUUAAUACUGACACUGUGAGAUUCGAUCAAAGUAGCUCUAUGUCUAUGAUAUAUUUUCUUCUAUAGGACGUUCUAAAAAAAAAAUGAAAAUUUUUGUUAGUCACACUAAUGAAAAAAAGACUAAAGUAUUAUUACGUUUUUACGUUCAGCUCACAACUAGAAAGAGUUUUCAUGUUAUUUUCUCUUCAAAAUGAGAAAAAUUUGCAAAAUUUUUGACUUUAUCUGGCUAUUUAUUUUCACAGUAUUUAUAUUCAGUUAAAUAUUUUUUUAAAUUAUUUUAUGCACAAACGAUUACGUAUGAAAUGACAAUUACUUUUAUUUUAACAAGUAAGUAAGGAAAAUUUAUUUUUGAUACAAAUGUUAAAGACAUCGAUGUUCAUCAUUCUUGUUUGUAGUAAUGCAUGCUUAUUUGCGUUGUAACUUUGUAAACGUUUUAUUUUUGUUGUACUAACGUAUAAUUGUUAUUGUAUUAGUCAAAUAUUUGUGGUACAUUGUCCUAAAUAGUAUUUUUCAUUUUCUUAGAGAACUCUUCUAACUGGAAUUGUGAAAAGACCAUUUCAGAAAACUUAUAAUCCGUUGCUCUUAUUUAACUAAUAAAUUGUUUUUCUUUCUUAUUUGUUUAGCGUUUGAGUUUUGAUUACAGUAGUAGACAACAAAUAUCAAAUCGUCCUCAACACUAUUGUGCACCAGAAUUUACCAUACCAUUUCAUGAUCGAACAGUAAUUAUUCCUAAUCCGUUGACUAUCAUUGGACAUGUGAAUGGUAAUCCUCGUCCUGCUAUUGUCUGGCAGCAUCCCUUGGGUCAUACAUUAAUCUCUGAUGGCGGUGUUUAUAUAAACACAUUAUAUACUGAUGAUGGCACUAUACAAUUGCAAAUUGUACAUCCUACAGUGAACGAUUCUGGCAUUUAUGAAUGUAUCGCGACAAGUCCCUAUGGUACAGUAUCACGUAAAAUUCGUAUUAUAGUGAAAGAUGCCUCUUCAGCACAUGUAUCAAUUGAUCAAGUACGCUGGAGUACACGUUAUUCAAAUGAUUAUCGAGAAUUAAGUGAACUUGCACGUGGUCGUUUUUCUAUUGUCAAACAUUGUUUACAUUAUUUAACUGGACAUGAUAUUUGUGCAAAAUUAAUAUACAAGAAAUUUACACCUCCUGAUCGUGCCCUUCACGAAUACGCUAUAUUAUCAUCAAUAAAAAAUGAUUCAAUUAUAAAUGUCUAUGCUUUCAUGGAAACAGAGACAUUUUCAAUUAUAAUUGGAGAAUUAAUAUUCGGCGGUCGAUUGUUAGAUCAUCUUUGUUCUCAAUGUUCAUUGAAUGAGUCUAUUAUUGUAAAAUACAUGAGACAAUUAUUAGAUGUCAUUUAUUAUUUGCAUCGUUGUAAAAUGGUUCAUUUAGAUUUAAAACCUGAAAAUUUACUUAUUGACAUUUAUCAUCAACAAAUUAAAUUGGUGGAUUUUGGCGAUACCAUACGUUUAACAAAUAUGCGCUAUGUUCACCGUUUAUUUGGUAAUGCUGAAUUUUCUGCGCCAGAAAUUAUCGAAGGACAUGCUGUGAAUUAUAAAACAGAUAUAUGGAGUAUUGGUGUUCUCGUUUAUGUUUUACUCUCUGGUCUAUCACCUUUUCUCGAUGAUACGGACGAACAAACAUGCCAAAAUAUUUUGAAUAUUGAUUAUAUAUUUCCAGAGAUGCCAUUUUCACAAGCAAUACAAGGAUCAAAAAAAUUUAUUCAAAUGAUACUUGUUAAAGAAGCAAAUUCUCGUCCAUCUGCUAGUGAAUGCUUAUCAAAUGAAUGGAUUCAAAAUCCUGGUAACGUCAGUCUUUCAACGACAAAUCUUGUUGAUUUUGUUGAACGAAGAAAGUCACAGCUGUCUGAUAUUAUUUAA